AUGGAUCCGAUAAUGGAAGCGGUGCUGUGGCAUGGAAGCAGUGCUGCGGCAUGGAGGUGGUGCUAUAUGGUAGGAGAAGAAGGGGGCAGGGGGAGGCGGGGGGAAGAAGGGGGGAGGAAGAACAAGGGCAGGUUAGCCGGGGGCUCGGGGAGUCAGCCAGGGGGAGGCGGGUCGGGGGCUCAGGGAGGCAGCCGGGGGCUUGGGGAGGUAGCCGGGGGAGGUGGCCAGGGGUUCGGGGAAGUCAGAUCUAGCAGCACGGCAAGGAAAAAUGGGGAUCGAAGGCAGGGUAAAGAGGGGGAUGUUGGGGGGGGAGAAGGGGAAGGUGGUGGGGGGUCCGAUCUGACAAGGGGAGGGACGGAGAAGGAAAAAGGAGACCAAGCAGCAGGACGCCGGCUCUGGGAGAUAGCCAGAUAG